CAGUUUUAUAACUUUGCUCAUAACAUUGACACACAUGCAUCUAAUGUCCUUAAGAGCUCAGAUUAAAAUAAUAAUAGUCAAAAGUUUUAAAAAAAAUAAUGAUUUCAUUUGAAACGCUAUUUUAUAAUACUUUUCUCAACUAAUUACACAUCUAUUACUUUUAAUGACUUUUUAAAUUCCGUUGUCAAGAAUCAAAAAAAUAAUUGUAAAAGUUUUGGAAAAAAACACCAAGUCAUGCGAAUUAAAUGCUUAUGUUUCGUAAAUGAAAUAAGUUGAGUGCUCCAGCGGAAACAAUAGUGCAAAGUUCGGUCGUUUUAAUGUUUAAAAGUAAUGAAAAUAAUUCAUUAAUUGAAUUCUUUAAUUAAUUCUAAUUGAAUAUUAUUAAUUUUACGUGUUUCUUGAAAAUUCGCAAAGUUUCAGGUGCAAUUAAUUAACGUUAAUUUCAGUAAUUAGUGCUUGUUUGAACUUAUUUCCUAAUUUACAAUAACAACAAAUUCAAACAUUACAUUCUUUUUGUCGAUAAGAAAACAAAGAAAUUCCAAAAAGAAAAUUUUCAAAAUGGUGGCCGGAAAGGGAUAUUCACUAUGGACAGCAGCAGUUUUUAUGGUGUCUUUUAAUGCAGGACUUGGCCUUUUGGCCCUCCCACACGCGUUAGCCGGAACUGGAUGGUUCGGAAUCUUUCUGAUACUCUGGGCUAGUAUAAACAGUUGUUAUUGUGCCGUAGUACUUGGAGAGACGUGGCUUAUCAUGGAAAAGCACUGGGAAGAAUACAGGGGAAAAUUCCGCUACCCAUAUCCUGCCAUGGGGAUGAGAACAGUCGGAUUAUGGAUGAGGUUCGCCGGUUUAGGAGCACUGGUUACCAUGGUACUAGCUUGUCUAGGAAUGUUUGUUGGUUCCAUUCUAGAUUUAUCGAAAGAGAAUAUAGAAGAAAAUGAAGCACCAACUUUUUCAACAAUAUCUCUGUCCUUUGGAACAAUGAUUUUCUCGUUCGGUGGUAUUUUCUUUUUUCCAACGGUGCAAAAUGACAUGGAAUAUAAGAAAAAAUUCAGCAUAGCUGUACUUAUAUCUUACGCAACUCUUUUGAUAUUAUACAUACCUGUCACAGUCGUCGGAUAUUUUGUCUAUGGAUCAGAUGUCAAACCAAAUCUGAUACUAUCAAUCGGCAAAGGAGGACUCAGGACUUUCAUCGAGAUAUGUUUGGCCAUUCACACCUUCUUGGCAUUCCUUUUAGGUAUCAAUCCCGUGUAUCAAGAAAUCGAAGAAGCUUUUAAUGUAGCCGCAGUUUUCAACUAUAAACGCUGCUUGAUACGCAGCUCAGUUGUUCUCAUUGUCCUGAUCAUAGCAUGCACCAUUCCACAUUUCGAUAAAGUUAUGAACCUCGUCGGUGGAUCCACCAUGACUUUGCUCACGUUCAUAUGCCCUACACUCUUUUACUACUUGUUAAAAAAGAAAGAGUCAAAGCUAAUCAACACUGAAAAGAAAAUUGUUCAGAUCAGGAGUAUUUUGGAAAAAAUAUUUCUGCUGCAAGUCGUCAUCAUGGGUGUUGCUGGUGGUAUAGCUUGCACAUACUUUGCUAUAUUGGACAUAGCCCAAACAUUUGUACCUGCUCAAGUCAUUUUAAACAACACUGUCUCUUUGUGAACUCGUGGUACUAAAAACUGAACAGCAAGGAAAGAAUAUCAUGAACAAACCAUUAAGACACGGAAACGGUCCGAUUAGUUUCAUGAUUUUAAAAAGAUAUAAUAUCCUCAAUUUUAAGAUGAAUAUUCUCUAACAAUGCGAAAAAAAAUGAUAGUGAUAAGUUGCGUCGAAAUGAUGUGUAACACAGAACAUUUGUAAUGAUUAUUAGAUGUAACGCAUUUUAAGACUGAAAUAUUUUAUCACUAAAUCUGAGGAAAACUGCUCGAGUUCUUAUUAAGGUUCGCAAACUACAACCAGUUGAGCUGCGUAGGUCUGUCCAUAAACUGUGAAGAACCUAGCCAGUUACGAAGAACAAAAUAAACUCAUAAGUUGAAAUAAUUGGAGAUUGGAUGCAUCAGCUCCGGCUCUACUUUUUAAACUUUGCCCAUUAAUUGUUAAAGCAUGCUUGCAAAGCUUUACCCAUUGAGCAUGAGGACUAUCAACAAUUUGUAUGAUCGAAGUUGAAUAAAAGCUUGAAAAAAUAAUUUUUGGCUGAACAAGAUAUUUGACUGCUUUCUGUAUCUAAUUCUUGCCAGAUUUAAUUUAAAUAAAAUUUAAGAUCAAAA